AGAAGAGAAGAGGGAGGCCGCGGGGGAGGGCCGGAGGGCUGCGGACAGGGUGGGGGUCUGAGAAGCGCAGCGGGGGCCCAGGAUGCCCGGGCCGCGCACACCAGUGGAGCCCCGAGAGUCCGGGGAGCGCCGGCCGCUGCUGGAGCGCAGGCCGCGGGAGCCCCGACGGUGGUGGCGGGCGGCGGCGGCCGCGGUGCUGCUCGUGGAGAUGCUGGAGCGCGCCGCCUUCUUCGGCGUCGCGGGCAACCUGGUGCUCUACCUGAACAGCGCCGACUUCCACUGGGCGGGCGAGCAGGCGUCCCGCGCCGCGCUGGUCUUCCUGGGCGCCUCCUACCUGCUGGCGCCCGUGGGCGGCUGGCUGGCCGACGUAUACCUGGGCCGCCACCGCGCCAUCGCGCUCAGCCUCCUGCUCUACCUGGCCGCCUCCGGCCUGCUGGCCGCCACCGCCUUCCCCGACGGCCGCAGGUCCUUCUGCGGCGAGAUGCUCUCCCUGCCGCUGGGGCCCGCCUGCCCUUCGCACGGCUGCCUGCACACCUCGCCCACCCCCUACUGCGCCCCCACCCUCUACGCGGUGUUGCUGCUGCUCGCCCUGGCCGCCAGCUCCGUCAGGAGCAACCUCACCUCUUUCGGUGCCGACCAGGUGAUGGACCUUGGCCGCCACGCCAGCCGCCGCUUCUUCAACUGGUUUUAUUGGAGCAUUAAUGUGGGUGCAGUGCUGUCGUUGCUGGUGCUGGCCUUUAUCCAACAGAACAUCAACUUCCUGCUGGGCUACAGCAUCAUCGUGGGCUGUGUGGGCCUGGCCUUCUUCAUCUUCCUCUUCGCCACCCCCAGCUUCAUUACCAAGCCCCCCACGGGCAGCCAGGUGUCCUCCAUGCUCAGACUUGCUCUCCAGAACUGCUGUCCCAGGCGGUGGCGCCGACACUCUGCCAGAGACCCUCCAGGCGCCCAGCUGCUGCCUCAUCAGAGGUCUCCCCAGGCUGGCCCUUCCCCCCAAGAGGACAUCGCCAACUUCCAGGUGCUGGUGAAGAUCUUGCCCAUCAUGGUGACCUUGGUGCCCUACUGGAUGGUAUACUUCCAGAUGCAGUCCACCUAUGUCCUGCAAGGUCUUCACCUCCAAAUCCCGGACAUCUUCCCAGACUACCCUGCCAACAGAUCCGCGGCUCUGAGGGCCCAGGGCAGCGGCUACAAGAUCCCAGAAGCCUGGCUCCUCCUGGCCAACGUGGUGGUGUUGCUGAUCCUGGUGCCUGUGAAGGACCACCUGCUCGAUCCUUUACUGCUGCGCUGCAAGCUGCUUCCCUCGGCUCUGCAGAAGAUGGCGCUGGGCAUGUUCUUUGGUUUCACCUCAGUCAUUGUGGCAGGAGUCCUGGAGAUGGAGCGUUUAGAGUACAUCAGUCACAACCAGACGGUGUCCCAGCAGAUUGGGCGGAACACAUAUUAUGCAGCACCACUGUCCAUCUGGUGGCAGACCCCUCAGUACCUGCUCAUCGGGAUCAGUGAGAUUUUUGCCAGCAUCCCAGGCCUGGAGUUUGCGUACUCAGAGGCCCCACGUUCCAUGCAGGGCGCCAUGAUGGGCAUCUUCUUCUGCCUGUCUGGGGUGGGCUCGCUGUUAGGCUCCAGCCUGGUGGCACUACUGUCACUGCCGGGGGGCUGGCUGCACUGCCCGGAGGAUUCUGGGAACAUCAACAAAUGCCGGAUGGACCUCUAUUUCUUCCUGCUGGCCGGCAUUCAGGCUGCGGCAGCCUUGCUGUAUAUCGGGAUCGCUGGUCGCUAUGAGAGGGUGGCCCAGGGCCCAGCCUCCCAAAGCUGUCCCAGGAGGGACAGUGGCUGAACACGGCCCCCACUCUCCGCUUGCCUCUCUCCCCCAACAGACAGCCGCAGGCCCAGCUGGGGUUUCCUUCUCAGUUUAUUCUGUACCCAACAUUAGGAUGAAAUGGUUCUCAUAAAUAUGGGCCAUGAGCCCUUCCUCACGA